GCCUGAGCAGCUGUAUAAAGCCCAAUUGGCGGCAGUCGCUGUUAACGUGGGCAACGUAGCGGACGUUCAACUGAAGUACAAGAAAAAUGGCUAAACCUGGUCUUAUGCUCCUGCUGCUGGCUGUAAUUGGCGCCUGUCUGGCUGUUUCGCUGGCGGCCGGCGACUGCCCCUCGUCGACGAAGGUGACCAACUGCACACCCAAGUGCCUGCACGACAGCGAGUGCAGCGCCAUUGGCGGCAAGUGUUGCCCGAAUUUGUGCAACGGCCGCAGCUGCGCAUCGCCCAAUCUGCUUAGCAACUCGGGCGGCGACAAGUCGCCCUUUGGCGACAAGUACUCUGGCUCCACGGGCAGCUACUGCGGCAAUGUCAAGUGCGGCAGCUUCGAGAAGUGUGAAACAGAUCGCAGCACCAAGCGGCCCAAGUGCGUGCGCAACUAACUCUGGCGGAAGCACACAAUUGUUUGAGCAAAAUUAACUUUAAAUAUAUAACUUGCUUAACGUA